AAACCAAAAAAACCUCACGAAAAGAAAAACCCUUCCCUUCUCCUUAGCUGAAAAAGAAAAACCCUAAUACAAACACUGGAAAUUUCUCGGUGGCGCUGAAAUCUGCAAUGGCUUCUCGUUACAGAUCAUUCUCGCAACCAGCAAUGUCCCUCAUCAAAUCCACCAUCACCAAACCCACCACCAAUCCCAAGCCUUCACCAUUCCUCUUCAAAACCCGUUCUUCUUCUUCUUCUACGAGGUCGGUUGCUGAGCUCGGUUGCGUGCAGUCGCUGCUUCCCCUGCACUCUGCGGUGUCGUCAGCUCGCCUCACCUCUUGUCUCGGCAUUGAUUCGAGGACCUCGAGGUCGUUGUCUCAGGGUAUGCUCUGCAGUGCCAACCCCGGAGUUUGAUUUCUCCAAUUCUUAAUUUUCACUCCCUUUCUUAUCUAAAUGGGUCUCAGCACACCGCGAUAAGAGAUUUCGAAGGCCAGUCAUUGAUAGAUUGGAGUCCUCAUUUAAUUUUUGCUGGGGUGCCUUAGUUGUUUUUAAGCUUUCCUUUCAUUUCAGUAUAGCUUUUAUACAGUUGGAAGAAUGUUUCCAUCUUCUUUUUACUGUUUGCAAUGGUUCCUUUAAUUAAACGUUUGAUCAUCCCAGUCUUAAUUGUUUAAUAAUCUAACUAUGCCCACAUUACUUGGUGAAUAAGGAACAAAAAGAUAUUGCUGAUUCA